GACACUAAUCGGCUCAAACACUCAUUCUGGAAGUGCCAUUUGUUAAACACAAUGGUAUAAAUUGAAGAAAGAAAAGGAAAGGAGACAAAAGAGUAAUGGAAAUCUUUGUAGCACUCAUGGAACAGGCAAUUUGUUCAAACACUCAUUCUGGAAGUUGACUCUUUCUGGGCUAUUUGUUCAACGAACGCCGUGUGAUAAAAAGGCCGUCUUUCAUCCAGAAAGUAAACGAAGUCGCCAUCACUGUAUGCAAAACCAACCGUUUUAGCUUUAUCAUCAAAUCUUCACAAACUGGAAGAAACCUCCCCAAUAAUAUAUAUACAUACACACACAUACAUAUUAUGGACGGUGUUGUUUCCAAUUCUAUUUACACAAUAUUUUUUGGGUUUUUAUCCUAGCAACUCCACCCACCAACUACGAUUUGGAUUUUGCACCGUCCACAGCGUCAUUCGAUUUGACAAAGAGUUUUGGUUAGUGUUUGAAUUUAAAAGUGUUGGAUUGAAGAAGAGAUGUGGUUGAAGGUAUAGUUUGUACUAAACUAUAUGGAAGCAAUGAGUUUUAGUUGCUUCGGUGCAUUCAAUUCCUGUAAAGAUAAGAGUGGUCGCAAUCAGACACAGACAGAAGGGAUUGCUACAAACAAUGUAAGACUCUUUUCCUAUAAUUCAUUGAGAUCAGCAACGGGGAACUUCCAUCCAUCGAACAGGAUUGGCGGAGGUGGUUUUGGAGUUGUCUAUAAGGGAGUUUUAAGGGAUGGUACCCGAGUGGCCAUCAAGUCCCUUUCUGCUGAAUCGAAACAAGGAACAGAUGAAUUCUUGACAGAAAUUAAUACGAUAUCAAAUAUUCAACAUCCAAAUCUUGUUCAUCUGAUUGGAUGUUGUGUUGAUGGCAGCAAUCGGAUAUUGAUAUAUGAAUAUCUGGAGAACAACAGCCUUGCUAUAGCUUUACUUGGUUCAAAAAGUAAACGCCUUGCUUUGAACUGGUCUCAGAGGGCUGCCAUUUGUAUGGGCACAGCUUCUGGUCUUGCAUUCCUUCAUGAGGAAGCCAAGCCACAUAUUGUUCACAGAGAUAUAAAGGCCAGUAAUAUACUUCUUGAUGAAAACUUUCAGUCUAAAAUAGGAGACUUUGGGCUGGCGAAACUUUUUCCAGACAACGUAUCUCAUGUUAGUACUCGUGUGGCAGGAACAGUCGGAUAUCUAGCUCCAGAGUAUGCCUUGUUAGGCCAGCUGACAAAGAAGGCAGAUGUAUAUAGCUUUGGGGUGCUUAUACUUGAAAUAGUAAGUGGCAGAAGUGGUAGUAAGGCAGCAUUUGGGGAGGAUCUGCUGGUUCUGGUGGAAUGGGCAUGGAAGCUGAAAGACGAAGAAAGGAUUCUGGACAUUGUUGAUCCAGAGUUGAUUGAAUAUCCAGAGGACGAGGUGUUGCGCUUCAUUAAGGUUGCACUCUUCUGUACUCAAGCGUCUUCUCACCAAAGACCAUCAAUGAAGCAAGUGAUGAAGAUGCUUUCCGAAGAGGUUAACCUCAAUGACAAGUUAUUAACAGAGCCAGGUGUGUGUAGGACUCGCACAUCUCGGCGCUCGGGCGGCGGUAGUUCAACGGAGACACCAUCCCCUCAGGCAUGUAAAGGCAAGAAAUCUGUAAAUCCUUUUGUAACCUUAACCCAAUUAAGUAGUUCUCAUAGUGUCACACAAAUGCUUCCUAGGUGAGGCAUAUGUGUGUGCUUAAUAGCCUCGUGAUGUUCUGAACUGCAACUUGUGACUUUUCUUUUUAGAUGCCUGGGGAAUUUGCAGCUCCUUUUUCCUUCAAUUCUUUAUCUUCCAUAAAUUUCUAUUUUGUGCACAAUGUUUCUACCUCAGCAUUAAAUUUUGUAGUUAAUUAAGAGUGCUGGAGAGAAAAAUUGAAUGGCAAUGUAGCAGAGUGUGUUGUUGUA